AUGAACCUUGCCGGAACAGCAUCAAGUACAAUCAUCAGCAGCGUCUGUGGCCGAUUUGCGAAGAACUGCCUACCCUCCCUUCGCGCUGGUUCCCUCUCCAAAUCAACCAAUGUAGUACCGUCGGUUUACAAUCGAAGGCCGUGGUCUAGUGCAGCCAUCCAACGAUCCGAUAGUCUGUUCGUCCAUCGAGACACGUCGUACAACAAUCCACAAAUACCUUUCGAAUUCACUCCAGAAUACAUGGAGAAAGCACAAAGAUGCAUCGAUAACUUUCCUCCGCAGUACAAAAAAGCGGCUGUUAUUCCAGUCUUAGACUUGGCUCAACGACAGAAUAACGGUUGGACUUCGAUCAGCGUGAUGAAUUAUGUAGCCAAGUUGUUGGAAAUGCCUCCGAUGAGAGUCUAUGAAGUAGCCACGUUCUACACAAUGUUUAACCGUGAACCGGUCGGAGAACACUUUGUGCAGAUCUGUACGACAACUCCAUGCAUGCUUGGUGGAUGCGGGUCAGGCGUGAUUGUAGACGCGAUCAAAAACCAUCUAGGGGUAGAACUAGGCCAGACUACGAAGGAUAAGAAAUUCACGGUCAUCGAGGUGGAAUGUCUUGGCGCUUGCAGUAAUGCGCCGAUGGUCCAGAUCAACGACGAUUUCUAUGAGGAUCUUACUCCUGAAUCUAUAGUCAAGGUUUUGAACGAACUGGCCGCCGGACGCAAGCCUAAACCAGGGCCUCAAUCAUCACGACAAAGUAGCGAGCCAGUAGGCAAGCUCACAUCACUCACUGAAAAACCUUAUGGUCCUGGGGAACAUUGCGUUGAUGAAUUCCGAUAG